CGCAACUCAGGCCCGUGCCUCUACAUUUCUAUUUAUUGGACAGCGUGGCUUAUUUCUUCCAUUUAGAAAUUCUCCUUACUCCAAAACAGCAGGGGGCAUGAAUCACUGCUGACGGAGCGCUAGGCCGCUAGACCGAAAACCUUGCAAUGCUGGCUGCUACAACAACUGCGAAUGAUCCUGGCAAGCAGGGUGGGACUCACCGCUAUAUGGCCCACCACGAAGGUUCUGACAAAUCAAGAUUGUGCGACACGAUAUGAACAAUCGAAGCCCGUGGAAAGCGAUUAAUAAUGGCCAGUACGGGAGGUUGUAUUCAAAUAGCUGGCCCGUUCCUGGCCGUUCCUGGCUGAGCAACUCCAGUAUACAAUCACGCAAUCACACACAAGUUACAACCCUAAUUAUCACACAAUGUCUUCCGCAAUCUACACCUACACCGUCGACCCCUUCAUCAAGGGCCUCCAAUCCCUCAAGGUCAUCCUCCAAAAGGCCGAAGAGCACGCCAAGGCCAACAACAUCCCCAUCGAUGACCUCUUCAACGCCUCGCUCGGCCACGACAUGAAGGGCCUCGCCUUCCAGGUCUUCAUCGUCGCCAGCACAGCGAUCAAGACCGCCAGCCGCGCAAGCUUUGUCGAGCCCCCGGCCCUGGAACAGACCGACAAGACCUUCGACGACUUCUACAAGCGCAUUGACGAGGCCCUCGCAGCGCUCGAGAAGGUCGACCCCGCUGUCCUUGCUGCGAACGAGGGCAAGAAGUUCAAGGCGCCCAUGGGUCCUAAGGAGUUUGAGUUUACGCCCGAGACGUAUGCGGUGUUGUUUGCUACUCCUAACCUCUAUUUCCACCUGGUUACUGCGUAUGAUAUCCUCAGGGCUAAGGGCGUGCCUUUGGGGAAGAUGGACUACCUGGGCAGUUUCAUGGCACCUAUUAUGUAAAUAGCCAAAUCAAAAUUCAGAAUACUUCAUUCAGA